AUGACGACAGAACAUGAGAAGGAGAUUGAAUCAUUCGGGGCUAAUAAUGAUUUUUGGAUCUUUGGAUACGGAAGCUUGAUCUGGAAACCACCGCCACACUACGAUCAAAGACUUCCAGGAUAUAUUGAAGGUUACGUGAGGCGGUUUUGGCAGGUACAUCACCGCGGUACGCCCGAAGCACCUGGCCGCGUCGUAACCUUGAUUGAUCGGGCGCAUUGGGAGACGUUGGGCGAUCAACAUGACGCCCCCUCUCGUGUCUGGGGCGCAGCAUACCAUAUUCCCGCCCGCCACGUCGAGUCUGUGCGCAAAUAUCUUGAUCUCCGAGAAAUAAACGGCUACUCUAUCCAAUUUACGCCUUUCCAUCCUGCCGUUAGCAGCGCGACUGCUGCGCCCGAAGAAGUGCCUGCCGAGGAUUCGUCGUCGUUGCCUUCGACAGCCAUCAAGGUCACGAGCACAGAGUCACUGGUGCCCGAGCCAGAGUGCAUCAAGUGUCUGGUGUACAUUGGUCUUCCAGAAAAUCCCCAAUUUCUAGGUGCACAGGACCCGGAUGCGUUGGCGAGGAAAAUCCUGCAAAGCAAGGGCCCAAGUGGAGAGAACAGAGAAUACUUGUACAACCUUGAUGUUGCGCUGCUCGGAUUGAGCGAAGACAGUGGCGAUGCGCAUGUUAGCGAUUUGGUUGGGCGCUGCAGAGCAUUGGAGGAGGAAAUGGGCAUUGUGGGCGGAAACGAAGGCGAGAAGAGUAGUGAGGUGUUGCACAGAGUGGGAAGCAUAGAGGAGCAAGAGGAGGUGGAAAAGUAA